AUGAAAACAAGUGAUAUUGCCGUAAACACAAAUGAUUCAGCUAUGUUAAUUCUUACGUACGGAGAUAAUAUAACUGAAACCAAACUUUUUACAGAUGUUGACGAAGUCAUUCCAGCAAAACCUAACUUGGAGGACUUUUGGAAUAUUGAGAGUCUUGGGAUUACAUAUACAUAUGACAAACCAGACGAUCAGGCAGCUAUGACACAUUUCAGGGAAACUCUACAGUUUGAAAACGAUAGAUAUCAGGUUACUUGGCAUUGGAGGGAUGAGUUUCCAGAUCUUCCAGAAAAUCGGGGAUUAGCAAAAGGGAGAUUGAAAUCACUCGUUUGUAAGCUAGCAAAACAACCUGAGCUCUUGAAAAGAUAUGAUGAUGUCAUUAAAGAUCAGCUAGAAAAGGGAAUUAUUGAGAAAGUUGAUAGGGAGUUAAGUGACGAGUUAAGGCAUUACAUUCUACACCACGUUGUGAUCAAACCUGAAAAAAGUACGACAAAGAUGAGGAUUGUGUAUGAUGCCUCUGCAAAGACACGAAAAGAAUAUAAAAGUCUGAAUGAAUGUUUAUAUAGAAGCCCAGUCUUAUUACGCAACCUGUGUGGCAUUCUAAUGAGAUUUAGAUUGCAUAAGAUUGGCCUUGUGUCAGACAUAGAAAAGGCAUUUUUACAAGUAGGAUUACAAAAGUCUGAGAGGGAUGUGACACGAUUUCUUUGGGUAAAGGAUUUGGAAAAUCCUGUUGUGGUAGAAAACAAGAUAGAGGAAUACAGAUUUUGUCGCGUUUCUUUUGGAAUCAUUUCCAGCCCUUUUUUUACUGGGAGCUACUAUUGA